CAGGUCCUGGGGGGCCUGUAGGGGCCUGGGAGGACCCACAGGGGCCUGGGGGGUCUGAGGGUGGGGGCAAAGGGCCCUGCGGGGACCCACAGAGGCCUAUAUGUCCCUAGGGGAGGGCAGGGACCUAGAGGGGAAGGGCCUGGGGGAGUAGUGCAGGGGCUCCUGGGGCCCAUAGGGGCCUGUUCGUCUUGGAGGGGGGGAUAGAGACCCAGAGGGGCCAGGGGGCCCAUAGGAGCAGUGGGGAUCCGUAGGCAUCUGUGGGUCCCGGGGCGGGACCAUCGGGACCCUUUGGGGCCUGCAGGUCCUAGCGGUGGGGGGCUAGGGUCCCGUCGAGGCACUGGGGACCCUGGGGACCUGGAGGAGACUGGGUUUUGUGGGGGAGGGGGGAAUGGUGACCCAUAGGGAUCCAUAGGCACUGAAACUUAUAAAGACCCAUAGAUACCUGUGAGGACCCACGGGAGCACUAGGGAGCUAUAUGGACUCGUAGAUGCGUUAGAGACCCGAACAGACUUGCACACCCCAUAGGGGCCCGCAGGAUAAAUAGGGAUCCAUAGGGGUACUGGGAACUCGGGUGGACCCAUAUGGGCAUUAAGGGGCUGUAGGGACCCAUAGGAGCUGCAGGGACCCAAAGGGAUCUGUGAGGGCACUAGGGACCUGCAGGACCCACAGAGGCUCCAGGAGCACUGAGGACGUAUAGGAGCCCAUAGGAGCUGUAGGGGCUCCUGGGGAUGCUGUAAGGACCCAUAGGAACCCCAAGGACCCCACAGGAGCCGUAGGGACCUGGAGAAACCCGCAGAAGCUCCGGGAACCGCUGGGGCACAGGGGACCUGUAGGGACCUAUAGGGGCUUGUAGGGACCUGGAGAAACCCGCAGAAGCUCCGGGAACCGCUGGGGCACAGGGGACCUGUAGGGACCUAUAGGGGCUUGUAGGGACCUGGAGAAACCCACAGGAGCUCCAGGAACCGCUGGGGCACAGGGGACCUGUAGAGAUCUAUAGGGGCUUGUAGGGACCUGGAGAAACCCACAGGAGCUCCAGGAAGCACUGGGGCACAGGGGACCUGUAGAGAUCUAUAGGGGCUUGUAGGGACCUGGAGAAACCUGCAGGAGCUCCAGGACCCCCAGCGCACAGGGGACCUGUAGGGAGCUAUAGGGGCUUGUAGGGACCUGGAGAAACCCGCAGGAGCUCCGGGACCCCCAGCGCACAGGGGACCUGUAGGGAGCUAUAGGGGCUUGUAGGGACCUGGAGAAACCCGCAGGAGCUCCAGGACCCCCAGGGCACAGGGGACCUGUAGGGACCUAUAGGGGCUUGUAGGGACCUGGGGAAAUCCACAGGAGCUCCAGGAACCCCUAGGGCACAGGGGACCUGUAGAAAUCUAUAGGGGCUUGAAGGGACCUGGAGAAACCCACAGGAGCUCCAGGACCCCCAGGGCACAGGGGACCUGUAGGGAUCUAUAGGAGCUUGUAGCGACCUGGAGAAACCCGCAGGAGCUCCAGGAACCCGUAGGGCACAGGGGACCUGUAGGGAUCUAUAGGGGCUUGUAGGGACCUGGAGAAACCCGCAGGAGCUCCAGGACCCCCAGGGCACAGGGGACCUGUAGGGAUCUAUAGGGGCUUGUAGGGACCUGGAGAAACCCGCAGGAGCUCCAGGACCCCCAGGGCACAGGGGACCUGUAGGGAGCUAUAGGGGCUUGUAGGGACCUGGAGAAACCCGCAGGAGCUCUGGGACCCCCAGCGCACAGGGGACCUGUAGGGAGCUAUAGGGGCUUGUAGGGACCUGGAGAAACCCGCAGGAGCUCCAGGACCCCCAGGGCGCAAAGGGCCUAUAGGGACCUGUAGGGACCCCGCGGGAGCCAUAGGGGCCGGGGGCAGCCCAUGGAGGGGGACUGGGCGCCCCCGUCCCCGGGGGGGUCACCGUGGGGCUCGCGCUCGCCCUCGCCGCCCGCCGAGGGGGCCCCGGGGGGCUCGCGCUCGCCCUCGCCGCCCGCCGAGGGGGCCCCGGGGGGCUGGGGGGAGGCGCCGCGGGCCGCCUUCGGGGAGCUGCGGCUGGAGGAGGUGAUCGGGGCCGGGGGCUUCGGGCGCGUCUUCCGGGGCACGUGGCGGGGCGAGGUGGUGGCGGUGAAGGCGGCGCGGGGCGACGCGGGGGCGGCGGGGGCCGCGAGCCUGCGGCGCGAGGCCCGUCUCUACGCCCGCCUGCGGCACCCCAACGUGGUGGCCCUGCGCGCCGUCUGCCUCGAGCCGCCCCACCUCUGCCUCGUCAUGGAGUUCGCCGCCGGCGGGCCGCUGUCGCGGGCGCUGGCCGGGCGCCGCGUGCCGCCCGCCGUGCUGCUCGACUGGGCCCGCCAGAUCGCCCGCGGCAUGCGCUACCUGCACGCCGAGGCGCCCGUCGCCCUCAUCCACCGCGACCUCAAGUCCAGCAACGUGCUGCUGUCGCAGCCGGUGGAGGGCGACGACGUGAGCGGGAAGACGCUGAAGAUCACGGACUUCGGGCUGGCGCGCGAGUGGCAGCGCACGACCAAGAUGAGCGCGGCCGGCACCUACGCCUGGAUGGCGCCCGAGGUCAUCAAGGCCUCCACCUUCUCCAAGGGCAGCGACGUCUGGAGCUACGGGGUGCUGCUGUGGGAGCUGCUGACGGGCGAGGUGCCGUACCGCGGCAUCGACGGCCUCGCCGUGGCCUACGGGGUGGCCGUCAACAAGCUGACGCUGCCCAUCCCGUCCACCUGCCCCGAGCCCUUCGCCCAGCUCAUGGCCGCCUGCUGGGAGCAGGACCCGCACCGGCGGCCGGGCUUCGGGGCCAUCCUGGCGCGGCUGUCGGCGCUGGAGGCGCCGGGGCUCGGCCUCGCCCCGGAGUCCUUCCACUCGCUGCAGCAGGGCUGGCGCCGCGAGAUCCAGGGGCUCUUCGAGGAGCUGCGGGCGCGCGAGAAGGAGCUGCUGAGCCGGGAGGAGGCGGUGGCGCGGGCGGCGCUGGCGCAGCAGUCGCAGGCCGAGGCGCUGCGGCAGCGGGAGCAGGCGCUGGCGCGCUGGGAGCUGGAGGUGCUGGAGCGGGAGCUGAGCCUGCUGCUGCGGCCCCCCGGGCCGGGCCCCGGCCCCCGCCGGCCCCCCGCCGCCCCCAAGCGCCGCCGCGGCACCUUCCGCCGCCCCAAGCUGCGCCGCCCCGCCGACCACAUCAGCAUGCCCCAAGAUUUCAAGCACCGCCUGACGGUCCAGGCCUCGCCGGGGCCCGACGGCCGCGGCCGGGACCCCCAGGAGGGGCCGGGGGGGUCGCCGCCCUUCCCCCGCCUGCGUGCCAUCCAGCUGGAGCCCUCGGACACGGAGCCGCCGUGGGGCCACGGGGGGCCGGAGCGGCGCGGCGGGAAAGGCGGCGCCAACGGCAGGCGGAGGUCGCGGCAGGAAGAGACGACCUGGUACCUGGACCCUGACGAGCUCGGCCAGGGGGACGCCGCCCUGAACGGCGAGGCGGCGCCGGGGGCCCAGGAGUCCGAGGAGGGCCGGGGCGAGCGGGGCGGGACGCCGCGGCUGCUGCGGCGGGCGCUGCUCCGCGGCUCGGCCCUGCUGGCCUCGCUGGGGCUGGGCCGGGAGCUGCCCCCCGCCGAGGCUCCCCGCAGCCCCCCGCCCUCCCCGGGCCUGCUGCGCCUCUCGCCCCGCCGGCCCGCCCGCACGCCGGGGUCCCCCGAGCCCACCGGCGCCCGCACGCCUGGCACCCCGGAGCGGAGCUGGCCGGGCACCCCGGAGCCGAGCCGGGCCCGGACACCCGGGACGCCGGAGCUGAGCUCGCCUGGCACCCCGGAGCCGAGCCGGACCCGGACACCCGGGACGCCGGAGCUGAGCUCGCCUGGCACCCCGGAGCCGAGCCGGACCCGGACACCUGGGACCCCGGAGCGGAGCUGGCUGGGCACCCCGGAGCCGAGCCGGGCCUGGACACCCGGGACGCCGGAGCUGAGCUCUCCUGGCACCCCGGAGCCGAGCCGGGCCCGGACACCUGGGACCCUGGAGCCAAGCCGAGUCCGGACGCCUGGCACCCCGGAGCUGAGCCGGGCCCGGACACCCGGCACCCCGGAGCUGAGCUCUCCUGGGACUCCAGAGCCGAGCCGGGCCCGGAUACCUGGGAUUCCAGAGCUGAGCUCACCUGGAACGCUAGAGGCGAGCUGGGCGCGGACACCUGGGACCCCAGAGCCAAGCCGGGCCCGGACGCCUGGCACCCCGCUGAGCUCACCUGGAACCCCGGAGCCAAACAGGGCCCGGACGCCUGGGACCCUGGAGCUGAACUGGCCUGGGACGCCUGGGACCCCUGAACCAAACAGGGCCCGGACGCCUGGGACCCUGGAGCUGAAUUGGCCUGGGACGCCUGGGACCCCUGAACCAAACAGGGCCCGGACGCCUGGGACCCCAGAGCCAGGUCGAGCCCGGACGCCUGGGACCCUGGAGCUGAAUUGGCCUGGGACGCCUGGGACCCCUGAACCAAACAGGGCCCGGACGCCUGGGACCCCAGAGCCAGGUCGAGCCCGGACGCCUGGGACCCUGGAGCUGAAUUGGCCUGGGACGCCUGGGACCCCUGAACCAAACAGGGCCCGGACGCCUGGGACCCCAGAGCCAGGUCGAGCCCGGACGCCUGGGACCCUGGAGCUGAAUUGGCCCCGGACGCCUGGGACCCCCGAACGAGGUUGGGCCCAGACACCUGGGACCCCGGAGCCAAGCAGAGCCCGGACACCUGGGACCCUGGAGCUGAGCUCGCCUGGGACCCUGGAGCCGAACAGGGCCUGGACGCCUGGGACCCCUGAACGAGGUCGAGCCCGGACGCCUGGGACCCCAGAGCCAGGUCGGGCCCGGACGCCUGGGACCCUGGAGCUGAACUGGCCCCGGACGCCUGGGACCCCAGAACCAAACAGGGCCCGGACGCCUGGGACCCCGGAGCCAGGUCGGGCCCGGACGCCUGGGACCCUGGAGCUGAGUCGGCCCCGGACACCUGGGACCCCAGAGCCAAACAGGGCCCGGACGCCUGGGACCCCGGAGCCAGGUCGGGCCCGGACGCCUGGGACCCUGGAGCUGAGUCGGCCCCGGACACCUGGGACCCCAGAGCCAAGCAGAGCCCGGACGCCUGGGACCCUGGAGCUGAACUGGCCCCGGACGCCUGGGACCCCUGAACCAAACAGGGCCCGGACGCCUGGGACCCUGGAGCUGAAUUGGCCUGGGACGCCUGGGACCCCUGAACCAAACAGGGCCCGGACGCCUGGGACCCCGGAGCCAGGUCGGGCCUGGACGCCUGGGACCCUGGAGCUGAGUCGGCCCCGGACGCCUGGGACCCCAGAACCAAACAGGGCCCGGACGCCUGGGACCCUGGAGCUGAGUCGGCCCCGGACACCUGGGACCCCAGAGCCAAGCAGAGCCCGGACGCCUGGGACCCUGGAGCUGAACUGGCCCCGGACGCCUGGGACCCCGGAGCCAGGGGGGGCUGGGACGCCCCAGACGCCUGGGUCCCCGGAGCUGCUGAUCGACCUGGAGUCGCCGGGACCCUGCCGGGAGGGAGAAGCUGGUGCCUGGGACAAGGCCUGGGGCCCGGCGCUGCCUUUCUCGGAGCUCUACGCCAAGUCGCUGGAGCAGGGCCGGAGCGAGGACCCCGCGGGGGACGUGGGGGACGUGGGGGACGUGGGGGACAGCGACGGCGACGACGGCCCCGACGACGGCGACAUCCUGCACCCCACGACCCUGGACCCACUGACCCUGCACUUCCCAGUGACCUGUGAUUCCCAUGACCCCAUUAACCCCAUGACCUCUAUGACCUUCUGCCCCAUGACCCUGUCGCCGGUGCCCCUGGCCGACCCCACGCCCGACCUGCUGCUGCCGCACCGCAGCCCCUCGCACGGCGACACGGGCCCCCCCGGCCUGGAUGCCGGGGCCCCCGCGACCCCCCCGGAGCCCGGCGACCCCGCGGCCGUGCUGCCCCGGACCCUCUCGCUGCAGAGCUCCAUCAGCAAGAUGCUGGCGGAGGCCGGGGAGCCGCUGGAGGCCGAGUGGGAAUCGAUCUCCAACCUGGGCGGCCGCCUGCAGCAGCAUCCUGGGAGGCGCUGGCCCCAGACGCUCUCAGAGAAGGUGUCGCAGCUGGAGGCGAUGCUGAAGCGGCUGCAGGAGGAUCUGCAGGAGGGCCAGGAGGCGCAGGCGCGGCUGCAGGCCGAGGUGCGGACGCUGCGGCGGCUGCAGCAGGAGCAGGAGGACGCGGCGGCGCGGCUGGGCCAGCCCCUACCUCAGCCCCUAUAG